UAUCUGUUGGAUUUAAAAUUGCUUGUUAUAUAUCUAUAUGUACAGCUAAUACGUAAAGCUUUAGCAAAAAUGGAUCUGAAUAAAUUCAAUGGUAAUGAAGUUUUGCCAUCAUCGCCUACAGACAGCAUUUAUCUGGGAGCGGAGUUCGAUAGCUUUGAUGAUUUCGAAGUUGCUUUCAAACAGUGGUGCUUUAUGAAGGAUUCUAAAUAUUCUAUUCAGCAUAGCCAAACGAUUACGGACAUUAAUAGCAGACGCAUAAAACGUGACGUGCCAUUAUACGACUCUAAGUUUCGAUAUAAAACUGCUCGGUAUGUUUGUGUGUGUAGCGGUUCUCCGAGAACAAAAUUUCGAAUAGGAGACGGAAAGACGAUAAGAAGAUCAGCAAAGCAGGGAUGUCCUUCAUUUUUAACAAUAACUGUUGACAAAUGUCGAAUGGAUAAACUUGUUGUUAUUAAAUUGAACAGAACCCAUAAUCACCGUGGACUCAGUGACGUGAAAUAUUGUCUUGAUGGAGUCCUUAGCAUGAAUAGUUUUAACAGAUCAUUUGAUUCAAAUAUUGACCGAUCUUUGACUCUUGGAUCAGAAAAGAAUAUUCCAUCGAUCAAAGAGGAAAGUGAUGUCUUUGGAGCAUAUUCUACGUCAUCAUCUGAAGAUGCUUUUCACCCCAGAGAAGAAAUAACACAACAAAAUGAAGUUUUUAACACUGGUUCAAGUACGCCAUAUAGUAAUAAUAAUCCCGAUAUAACUUCCCAAUUGAGAAUAGAAAGGGUGGCACAUGGAAAACAAAUUUUUGAACGAGAGUCUGAAGAGUUGAUUCAUUCUUUGAAAAGAAAAUAUCCAGAAAUAAAUGACACUGAUUUGAAUUCUAAUUGGACAAGGGGAACACUAGAAACGAACGUGAAUCAAGCUCUUAAGUUUGUAGAAGAUCAACCAAAACAAGAUGAGGAAGAUUUAUUUUGCCGAGGUCUCGCAAUGAAACUCAGAACUCUUGAUCCGCUUAAAAGAUCACAAAUCAAACUUCAAAUUCAAAUGUUGCUUCAUAACAUACAGUUUUCAGAAUGCCCAGUUUCGUUUGACAACGGAAUUAAUUUUGGGCUUAAUUCUUGAUCUUGCUUGGUUGCUGCUCAGAAAAAAACUUGCCCACUGUACAAGGAUGUCAUAUUGGGCAUUGACCAUGAAAUAUUUGAAAUCUCAGACUACUUAGUAGAUCUUGUAUUCGAGUGUGUGUAGCAUGGCUUAGUUAGUAGCAGGGUGACCAAAACAAACAUUUUAUUAGUUUUUAAAAUUAGUUAUAUUUGAUAUAUUAAAUCCCUAUCUUUGAGAAUAUUUUAAAAUCUAAUUUCAUUCUACUAUUUUAAACUGUUGAUACUUGGACCAAUAGUAGUCAUUUUUUGGUAACACUGGAAAAGUGUGUAUCAAAAAUUGGUUAUAUUCGAUAUAGCAAGUCUUUGAUUUUAGUGAUAGUUUGGAAUAUUUCAAUACUAAAUUUUGUUAUUUUAACUAUUGAUACCUAAUAACCAGAGACCAAUAGUAGAAUUUAUUCACUUUUUGUCACAGUAUAAAAGUGAAAGCCAAUGUUUAUUUUGACUGCCAGAGAAUCUCCCUAAUUUGCUCAAGCGCACUCUAUCAGCACUGCCAUCUUUGUUUCUGAUGAAUUAAUCAGGCAAAGAAAGUCUAUAUGUCAUUCAUGGCCUAUGAAAACAAUAUUUGACAUUGAUGACAUAGCCUAUAAUGUUGACUUGCACAAAUUACACCGUUCUAAAACAUUUUUGUUCGGAAUAUUAAAUAUUUUGGCAUCUGCCAUCCCUGGUUUGUAGUAGAUUUAAUCAUAACAGAUAUUUGCAAUCAAUGUACAAUGCGGUGGUACAAGCAUGACUUGUUUGAAGCUUUGUUAUGAGUAAAGGUACAAUUGGACAUUUCAAAAAUAUAAACUUUGUUUUUUAAAAUAACCAAUAUCAGCUUUAACUGUAUUAAUAAAGGGUGAAACUUGAAAAAGCUGCAUUACGCAAAUGAGUCUAAAUAUAUUUUUGAUAAACAUCUAACUUUUUUUUGAAAUAUUGCUUCUAUCUAAGAUUAGAUAGAUACUGGGUAAAACACCAACUCCGCCAUAAUGUUUCCAAUUUCUUUUUUUUUUUGAAUUUCAGCAUUCUUUUUUCUUGAAACCCUGUUAUAGCAUUGGCUCACUUGUUACUAAUAAGGACUUUUCGUUUCACAAUAAAACCUCAUUCUAAUGAAAGAGUACCUGACCUCUUUAGUGUUCCCAAACUUUAUAUUUUAUUUUACCAAUUUCGUUUGCACUGUAUUAAUUGUAACUAAAAUCAGUGUUUUACUGCUUCAAUAAACAAUCAUGUCAAAA